AUGUGUAACGCCAUUCUUGCUGUCCCCAUCGACCCUCACAGCAAUGAUAGCCUCAUCUGGAACCAUCACCCUUCAGGGGUUUUCACCGUUAAUUCUGCCUACCACUUGGCCAACUCAAACUCAAACUUUUCCUCUCCUGGUCCUUCAAACCCUGCUACAUACAAACGUUGGUGGACCACUGUCUGGUCCUCCAAUAUCCCACCCAAAAUCAAACAUUUCGUUUGGAAAGCUUUCCACCAUAUCCUCCCCUCUACUCUUAACCUUUUCAAUCGUAAGUCCACUACCUCCCCCUUUUGCUCCCUCUGUCUUUCUCAUCAUGACUCCAAUACCCACUCUCUUAUUGAAUGUUCCAGGGCAGGUAAAAUUUGGAAACACUCCUCUUUUCAUCAUUUUUAUAUUGAAAACAAACAUUGUGACAUUAAAGAGUUUAUGUUAAGAGGUUUUGAAAGUUUCGAUAAAGAUCAACUUUGCUCCUUUUUGGGUUUAAUUUGGGCCAUUUGGAAUAACAGAAAUAGAGCCAUUUUUAACCCUAAUCAUGUCACUAAUUUCUGUGUGGAGAACUAUGUCAGUAUUUAUUUGCAGGAAUAUAGGGAUGCACAAGAUCGGAUCUCCACAUCAUCUCACACCUCACAUCAUCCUUCACCGCCAGUUCCAGUUCCCGAUGACACAUACCGGCUUUCUGUAGAUGCUGCCCUUUCUCCAUCAACUAAUCAGCAUGGGUACGGGGCGGUAGUAACUGACUCCAAAGGAACAGUCAUUGCAUCUCUCACGGCUCCUUCCCACACAGCUCUUGCCCCCAUUUUUGCCGAAGCCGAAGCCCUCCAUCGAGCUCUCCUAUGGUGUCAAGCAGUCCAUUUUCCAAUUGCUGUCAUCACUUCUGACUGCCAAUCUUUGGUGCAUCGUAUCCACAAUUUUUCUCCAGAUCGUUCAGCGCUCUCGGGUCUACUUGCCCUCAUAGUCUCCUCUUUGUCGUCUUUUCCAGGUGCGGUCCUCCACUACAUCCCCAGGACAACGAACGUCGCUGCUCAUGACCUCGCCAGAUCAGCCCUUGGAACAGACAAAGAGAUAAUUCGGAACCUUUUCAGUUCCCCUCCUUGA